AUGACUGAAAAAAAUCACUUUGAGUCUAGUCGAAGAUUUCCGAGCCUUUUUGACGAUGAUUAUUGGGACUCAUUGUGGGCUCGAGAUGAUUGGAUGGAUCGGAUGAAUGAUUGGCCGACCGAAUGGCCUCGACCAAGGGAUAUUAUGAGUCGGUUCUUCAAGGACACUGAACGUUGGUGGGACGAUUGGCCAAGAGAUUGGCCAAAAAUGGAUGCAAUCAUGCCGAGAUUCACAUCGCAUUUGGAUCGAUUGGACAACAAUUGGCGGCAAGAUCCCUUCUGGAAAGAUCUCUAUCCGCAAUGGGCUGAGCCGAUCUUCAAGGAGGGAAUUGAUGUAAACUCAUCAAUCACAAAUGAUGAUCGAAAAUUCGCCGUUGCCAUUGAUGCAUAUCAGUUUAGACCCGAGGAGAUUCAGGUGAAAACUCUGGACGACACACUCCUUGUCGAAGGCCGACAUGAAGAAAUGAGAGAUCGAGACAAUUUCACGAAAAUGUACUUUGUUCGAAAGUACCAAUUGCCGAAUGAUGUCAAUCCGAUGGAUAUCACAAGCAAUAUUGAUCAGAAAGGCCGUCUCACUGUGGAGGCGUCGAAGAAAGCGCAAGCGUUGACUGGCCGUGAAAGACUCAUCCCAAUUGAGGGAUCGAGUAAGUAUCGAUCACAAUCACGCACACGACACGAUUCCGGAUACUCGAAUGGAUAUUCGCAUUCACCAGCCUCAAAUCCGCGUCAAUAUUCGCCAGUUGAGGUAGAUACAGGCUCGGGCACUGAUCGCUACCGUAGUGAAGGCAGCGGAGGAUAUCGUCAACAACAGGAAUAUCGAUCGUCGUCUCGUCAAGACUAUUCCUCCAAUGGAAAUCACGGAAAUCAGGGGAGAACUGUGGAAAUCCCGAUCAAUCGAGAGAGAAGUUAUGAUAGAAGUGAUUCGAAAGGAGUUGGAGGGUUGAGGGAAAAUGUGCUCCGUCGCGAGGAGGAGCUCGGCGAUCGAAAUGGAGGUCGGAGUGGGGAUCAUCAACACUCGGAAAGUUAUUACAGACACGAGACGAGGAGCUCGGGUGGAGGGCUCAGCCCACAUCAAGUAACCGCUUCAAAUGAGAACCGUUCCUACACUAAUGGACGUCGUGCCUCAUUCGAAACGAAUGAAAAUCGAGAGCAAAUGUCACCAGGUCGAAAAGUUUUCGACUCACUUCGCGACAAGUUUGAGAGUGGCUUCCGUUCGCAAUCUCGUGACACAGAUCAAUCGGCUUUCCAUCGGGGAUAUCAAAGUGGAUAUCAAGCUGCCCAUAGUGGAAACGAUACGUCACAGAGAAGUGGCAAUUACCGUGUCGAUUCCCCAGCCUCCACCUCAACUGGGGGAAUUCUAAAAAGAUCCGACGAUCUCCCGCCACGAGCCGAGUCUCGUUCCGAAAGCGUUCGUUCGGUGAAAAUUGUUCGCACUUACAAC